AUGAUCAAGACUGCCUUGGUCACAGCUCCGAUUGUGCAAGCGCCUAACUGGGAUUAUCCUUUCGAGAUCAUGUGUGACGCAAGUGACUACGCCGUGGGAGCCGUGCUUGGUCAGAGGAUAGACAAGAAGCUCCAUGUGAUAUAUUACCCGAGCAGAACCAUGGACGAUGCCCAAGGACAAUAUGCAACAACCGAGAAAGAGCUCUUGGCGGUGUUCUUUGCGUUUGAAAAGUUCAGGAGCUAUCAGGUGGGUUCAAAAGUAACAGUCUACACCGAUCACGCAGCCUUGAAAAAUCUGUUGGCAAAGAAGGACACCAAGCCAAGGCUCCUGAGGUGGAUACUUCUUCUCCCAGAAUUCGAUCUUGAGAUUUUGGAUAAGAAAGGGGUUGAGAAUGGAGUGGCGGAUCAUCUCUCAAGGAUGAGAGUGAGCGAACCAGCACCUAUCCACGAUACUCUGCCUGAGGAACAGUUGCUGUUGGUAGAGAAUCUGGGAAAGAGCGUGUGCUUGGCAGAGCGGUUAGAGCAGCUGAAGGCAGUUGAGGAAAGAGAAGCGCCUUGGAGGUGUAUAGCUCAAGAAGAAGUCGAAGGAAUACUCCAGCAUUGUCACGGAUCGAGUUACGGGGGUCACUUUGCAACUUUCAAGAUGGCUUCUAAGGUUCUUCAAGCCGGAUUCUGGUGGCCGAGCCUUUUCAAAGACACUCAUGACUUCAUUGCAAGGUGUGAUAGAUGCUAG